CAACCAUUUAACACGUAGAGAAUUCGUAACACAAUUGUUCAUUCAGUACGAUGGGAUUACUGGAACUACUAAUCAUAUGUAGUGUUGAACUGGUGAUUGGUGUGAAAAAUGGAUUUCCUAAUCUUGAGUUAGGGAAACCGUUACCAGCCCUGGAACCGUUAACACUGGACAUAAACAUUGAAAGUUCUACUGAUAAUAUUAAUUAUCUGGAACAAGUCAAUCAGGGCAUUUACACACCCAGCCACGGCUACGGAUUUCACAAAAUCGUACAACAAAUUACAACUCAUCCAGGUCACAACACUCCAUCAGAUAACACAUCAGAUAAUAUUCAAUCUGAUAACACAUCGUUAGAUCUUAGUGCGGCACUUACACUGGGUGAAACUGAGGAGGGAGAUGUGCCGAUGGAUUUUAUGAGGGAGUUGGAGUAUUCUGCGGUGUUUGAGUUGAUUUACCAGAGUACGGAUUUGGGCGAGUAUGUGAAGGAGGUGAUUUGUACCCGCGUGUUCGCCAGGGUUCACAUGAUUAUUCUGUUCCUCUUCAACGGCGAUGUUGGCGUCCUAAAUCAACUCAACAAACUCUGGACACUCACAAAUAAAAUAAUUCUCAACAUUACCAACCAUUUUUAUCAUACCUACACGAACAGUUGUAACAGUUGUAACAGCAGCAGCAGUUGUAAGAGUUGUGUAGGUUGUGGUAUUACUAAUAGUAAUAGUGAAAACAGUGAAAACAGUGAAAACAGUGAAAACAGUGAAAACAGUGAAAACGGUGUGAAAAGUGUUGAUAAUGAGAAUCCUGGGAUAGAGUUGGGUUUGAGUGAGAGGUUGAGUUACUAUUUCGACUCGAGUGAGGAUUUACAGUGUGAAAAGGGGAAUUUUACCGAGUUUACACCGAAAGAUUACAAUUCUAUAAGUAAAAUUGUGUAUAAGAGUGAGUUGACGGGUUUGGAGUUGGUGAUUUGGCAGGCGCAAAACUGGUUUGAAAAUGCCAAAAACGUGACAUUAACCUCGGUGUCUGAUGUGAAAUAUUUGUUAAUAUUACAAGUGGACAAUAAUUACCGCCUGUUCAAGUGGGAUCAGAAAAUGUGUUUAUGGCUUGAUAUUACGCUGGAAAGCCCUGACCUAAGUCAACUACCGGUUGAAAUUAAUAAUAAAACCAAUUCAGCAGCAAAAAUGAUUAACAAUUAUGAAGUUUACCUUCGAGAGUUAAAUUACUGCGUUAAAUUUCAUUACUCCAGUGAAGUAAUGAGGAGAUACUCAGCCAAACUUUACACCUCAUUUGAGUACAACUUUCUCCAAAAUUCCGUAAAUCUCUCCUCAAGACAACUAUUUAACACGGAAAACACUGAUGAAAAGAGUGGAUAUAAUGUUGUAGGAGUGUUUAGAAGUUUGUAUGGUAGGGGAAGGGGUAUGAAGGAGGGCGUAGAACUGGACAUUAGUGUGCCAGAAGACAUCAACUACCACAGCGUAAAAAAUGGUAAUUUCACUCAAUUUUUACCCGCGCACGGCUACACCUUCAGCAAAGUCAUUCAAACCCACAUGGUACACAAUAGUUCCAGUACCACUAGUACUAGAAUUAGUAAGAGUAGUGGGAGUGUGAUAAUUUGGUCGAGUUUUGUGGGUAUGAAUUAUGUUACGGAGGUGCAGUUGUACGAGGAGGCUGAUGCUAAAUAUCUCCUGUUAUACACUAAAAAGAAGAAUUAUUUAUUAUACAAGUGGGAAAAGGGUUUAUGGAUUAACAUAACAGGCACGCUCGUGGAUCCACAGAAACUAACACUGUACCACAAGGGAAAUCCCAUAGACAAAAAUAAGCUAAACUUAUGUAUUCGUGAGUUUAGUUGUGAAAUUAUUACUGAGAGGUUGAGUUACAGGUUGACUGAGGGGUUGACUGAGAUGUGUGACUGUGUGUCGUAUGACGGGAAGUGCCUGUGGCUCAAAACAAGAGAGAGAUUAGCAGCUGUAGUCGUGAAGAUACUGGAGAAUAAAGUUAAUUUAUUCUUCCAAAACGGGAAAGUCUGGAGAUUUCAAGUCGUAGAACACAUCCCCAAACUCAUCAAACAAGGAUACUCACACUACCAAACUCUUUAA